AUGGAGCAGACAGUUCGUGAACUCAAAGCAGCUGACGAGGUGAAUAAGAAGGCUUGCGCAGAUGCAUCGCGGCUUGCGGAGGAGCUACGGCAGGAGCGUGAGCAUGAGCAGUACCUCCAACGCCGUCACAAAGACCUCGAAUUUAACUUGAAAGUCGUCCAAGCUAAACUUGAAGAGGCGGAAGCCACUGUCCGUAAA